GUAUCCAUUACCGUGGAUCUGGGGAAGACAGGGUCGUCGUGUGAUUUUUGUAGAUGAUGGAGCUCUCUCUGAUCGUUGAAACAGUCUCCGCGGUUUGCACGGCCAAGCAAGGCGUAGCGUUCGGGAGCUCUCUUCUCCUUCUCAAUCGGUGGGAUUCAGCGAAUCACGUUUCGUUCACCGCCGAUUCCCUCGUCGAUCAGUCUCCGGGUGGAAUCGUUCAAGCGUCGGCGGCGGUUAUCUUCCCCGUCGACGCGAUCGCUCCUUCGCCGGUUAGAUCUAGCUCUUACAAGACGAUCCGCAGGAUCCGCAAAAGGCGGCGCACGAAGCGCGUCUCGUACGGCGGCGAUUCGGAGGACGGUGGAGACUUCGGUCGGUUUCUGUUAGAAGGCGGUUUCGGUGGGAGCGACGGUCCGUUCGGGUUUGGCGGUGAUGGUGGCGGUGGGAAGGGGUGGAACUACGGCGGAGGCGGUGGUGGUGGAAGUUGGGAUGAGUCGUCUUCGUCGUCUGGGUCUUGGUCGGAUCCGGCGAUGGAGUUCGUGUACGAAGUGAUUUGCUGGAUCGCGUUGUCGAAUUGUGUGCAUUUCGCGUUCAAGAGGAUAGUGAGGAUCGUGACGGACGGUGAAAGGGAGAAGUUGAACCUGACGUUGUCUCCGGUCUGCUGAUAAAUUCGUUGUUAGGUUGCAAUCAUGUGUCUGAAAGUUCUUAAUCUCAGCUUCAAUUCCAUCUAAUGAUCUCUCGUGUAUAUAUAUUUAUAGGCAUUGUACAUAUAUAUAUUUCAUUUGGUUUGCAAUCUAAUGGUGAAUGAAUGAUACUGUGGGUAAAUUGAUAGUU